CCUCGGUCACUGCCAACUAGAAGUAGAACUACGAGGGGUCCUCGACAUGAAUAUAUGCUCAACCAGCGAGAAUAGAAGAUAAAGCGUUGCCCCUGCCUUGCACUAUAGUAUCUCCAGCAGCGAGAAGCUGCUGCAGAAAAGCUGCUAGAACUAAUGGACAACUAGACGAAGCCGAAAGUUGUUCAAAUAAUUUCAAUUAGCUAGAUAUAGAAUGCACUCAAGCUGCAUCUCUGCCGAAAAAUGACCUCACGUACAUCAAAAUCAUGUCCGUGAUGCGAAGUUCAAGCGUGCCUCGUGGGAGAGGGGGUCCCGAAGUGAUGCGGUAUCCAAGCGUGCCUCGUGGGAGAGGGGGUCCUGAAGUGAUGCGGCAUCCAAGCGUGCCUCGUGGGAGAGGGGAUCCUGAAGUGAUGCCGCAUCCAAGCGUGCCUCGUAGUCGUGCUCAACCGAAUUUCGCUGCUUGCAUUACACCACAUAGAGCGACUCCAGGACAGCCGCAGCUGGUCCAGCGCAAUGGUAAGGUGUUUUACGCGAUGAUUCCGAAUCAUUCAGCAACAGCUGCUGGAUCUCGGAGUACAAGCGCCAAUGCGCGUGGUGGAAGUCGGGCGCGGGAACAAGAAAGACCACGCGCCUCCGAUGUCGCCACUCCUGCUAAUCAUGUCAAACCACAACAGCCGCCUCCUCCGACUGCGUCAUCUACUAAUAAGAGAAGGGUUCCAAGCGCAAGCGUGUCACGGAGCGACCAGAGAAGGGCUCCAAGCCUGUCGCGGAGCGAGCAACACCAACAAACUCGGUAUCACGUCGGAAGUAGCCCGUCUUCUGCUCUCAGAGCUGGAGAUGCCGGCUGGGGCACGCCUGCGCAAAUGAACUUUGCUCCGCAUCCUCGGACACCCUCUAGCAAUUUUCAGCAGGGUGUCGAUUAUCUUCACCCACCAUCCGCAGGGGCUAUUUACCAUAAUAGAGGUGGCAUCGCCGAGGACAAUCAAAAUCAACACAUCCAUUCAGUAAGAAACGCAAACAACUCAACGACUCCCUCGACGAACAACUUUGGACUGCAUCAUCAACACCACUACAGAUCAGCAGGACCCAGAGUGCCCAUGGGUUCCUUCCACGGAGGUGCAUCCCCAAUGGUGCAUCCGAUGCAGCAACAUCAUAGAAGUGCUGUGUUUCUUGGUGCGCCCCCGUCCUCACCUUUUCAUCACUCUGCGGUUCCAGCCUCGCCGAUGAAUCCGAUGUUUGCAGCUCAAUCAGCUGGAGAAUAUGCUCGUGAAGUACGAGGAAAUUCACAAUACGGAGGACGACCUGGCACACCGAGUAGAGUGCCGAGUUACAACUACAUGGACCAGCGACAGCAGAUGAUGAUGUCACACAUGAACAUGGUGGCAGGUACAAUGCCUGGUACACCUGGUCACCACGUAGGAGGCCCGCUACAGAGUCCGCACGCCCCCCCGAGCAGCAUGAUGUUUCCAGGACAUGACCAAGGGUUCUCGCAUUCACACCAUCAUCCGUAUAACGUCACGCCCAAUACUACUUGUACUGUGGGUAUGUCGCCUGGCGGAGACGGCGAGGACUUCCCCCGCUUCUAUGGCGGUGGUGCCGAAGAAUCGUCGCAGUACGACCAUGGCCAACACCAGCUUCCAGGAGAAGGCGCCUCUAUGAUGGCCAAUCCAGGACAAGGAGAUCACGGAGGGGAUGGAUUCAUUCCGAUGGAUAGCCAGGAGCAGCAAGAAGACGCGCCACAGAAUAAAUCAUCACGGAACUUCUACGAGCAGACGAAGAACAGACCUGAAGACUCGUCGUCCUCGAAGUGUCGACACGAGAAGAAACUGCCACAGGCGAGAGAGCAGUCUCUAGACCGCGCGAACUCUCAGCAGAGUCUUCAUAUGCAGGACGCCGGUCCUGAACGUACACACUCGUCGAAGCUCGGCGCAUUCCUGGAGCACCGAACAGGGCUCCCGAGCGACCACCCGCAGUAUUCACCCGAAGCUACCAACAAUGGCAUGCACCAGCGGUCUCACGACGAACCAAGCGCAGAAUUGCGAUCGCAAGGAAAUCUGAUGGCGCCACCGACCGAGCGACCUUCUAGCGCUAGGGCGAAAUCCAGAGAUGAAAGCUUUCCUCCGAUCACUAGAGAUGCGAGUGAUGCAUCGUGGCCGCGCGCGCGGACAAACUCCAACGGACGCACGCACGCACGGACGCCCGAAGCCGCAGGACAUCAAGCGAGAUACACGCCUCGAGGAGGACUCAUAGACGGUCAACGUGGUGGCACGACGUUCGGUGGAGGUGAAGGACCUUCAUUGACGACUCAACAUCAAUCAUCUUCAGGUGGAUUGCUUCCUGCCAAACUGGCGACUCAGGUUGAAAAGGCUCGACAAUCGAAGCGCGCUGGUGAGCGGCUGGGUCCCGUACACGAUACUUUCCAACCUUGGAUGAGACUAGGCGAGAAGGAGACGAAAGUCUGUUUGGGUGUUCGCGGUGAGGGAAGCUAUCUGACGGUUCUGGACCCACGGCCAAAGCAUAAGUACUACAUGUGCACGUUCUGUGGCGACAACAAACUCUUCUCUUCCCCACUCGCGAUUCGAAAUCAUUUGAAUACCUGCGACAAGUUGGUUGUACACAAGACGAGGAAUGAGGUGUGGCCAGAGAAAUUAAAGAUGGAACGGAUGCAAAGGAAGGCAAGCGAACACGGAGACUCGGGUAACUUUUACUUUUGCAACUUUCUAUCAAUUUUGUCUUUUUCAUUGCAAUCCUAGUUCUACUUGUAGAGUUAGAACUAGAAGUAGUACUACUAGAGGUAGAACCAAUAGUACCAAAGAAGUAAUGAAAAUAAUGGUAACCUUGUUGAUGUUGUGCAAAUGUGUAACUUAGUCUGUUCAAACAUUGAAGAACUGUCAUCAACUUCCUUUCAUGAUCAUCUUUUUUUCAGGACACAAGAAUGGAGCUGACGACGCAAAAGAGUUUCCACCUUGGGCGACCGCACAAACAGUGUCACUAGGCGACAAUCCAGCAUUGACGAAACUCCAAGACGCUGAAAUAGACAUGGUGGAGAAGCUGACUUUGCCGAAAGAAGUCGAGCAGAAUCGAUGGCCGUCCAAGUUAGAGAGUGACCGCAUGGCGCGGCAACUUGAGGAAAUGAACGGGGCUGACGCCACUGCUGGUGCCAGCGGGAACGCGCGAGGAGCUGCGGAAGCGAUUGGAAGCGGUGGAGAAGGGAAGAAUAGAAAGCGAACAGCGGAUAACAAGACUUUUCGCGAUGAACCAGGGCAAGCGAGCGCAGAAGGGAAGAAGGCGACUAAUAAUCGCAGUGUAGUUGUUGAUAGACUGUCAUCUGAAGUCGAUCCCCUUGCCGAUCCACUUGGGUAUAUGCAACGUUCCAUCGCGAACGCGCUGCAGACCAAGCUGCAGAACGACAUGUGUGGCAAAAAAGGCUACGGGACAAUGAGUAAGAGCAAGUUGAUUGCGAUGAUUUCGAACGAGCCGGGCGUCGUUGCAGCGCGACAGCGGCUUUCUAGGCUCGGAAUUUUGGAUGAGUACUGGGAAGCGGGUGCAGCGGCGGCUUACUGCGAUACAAUUGGAAAUCAUCGUGAAUUUGGUGAAGAUAUCGGAAAUAAAAUAAGUGUUCCCUCAUCUACUGCUAGUGGAAAUGACCCAGAGAAAAUCAGCGCGCAUGCGGAACAGCAGGAGGAACGCCGUCGCAUUGUUGCGAAGCGCACGCAAGAGUUAAAGGACUGGGCAAAACGGAAUCAAGGUGGCGCAGUUCGCAUGGGACGCACUUUCGAAAUCACGGACACGGCAACCUGUCACGGCAACGAUGCGUCGUCCAAAACCAACAAUACUAAGGCUUGUAAAGGGGUUAACGCAACUGGCAAAGGGAAAGAGAAUCAUAAAGAAGAUAAGGAUACGAAAGAUAAUGAACGCAAGGUUUCUGUGAAAAAGCAGCGGAAGUUGCAGCAAGAGAAGGCGACUUCCUCAACUUGCGACCUGUCGGACAAGCUAGAAGAACAGCGGUCGACGUGUAGUAACAUAUUCAAAAAGCAAGCGGUGCCGGUGCCGGUGGAACGCGUUGAUGGGGGCGACAGGGAUAGCAAAGCAAGAGCUGCGGCGACUCCGUCAGAGACGCCAUCCUUCUUCGGUUCGUUCUGUGCACAGCCGUGUCCCCGUCUCUUUGAAGACGAGCAGGAACGGUGCGCCGUCCUCACUUCCGCCCCGGCGGCGUUGUUUGACAAGGAGCAGGCACGCAACCCAGAGGCGGAGCCAUCAGCAAAAGGAUCUCUAACAGCGACGUCUUCAAAGCCCAAUAAGCGCAAGCGUUUGACGCCACAUCCCAGUGAUGGUAGCUAUCCUGAGGAACCGGCAGAUCCCGGUCUCGUUCGUCCAAACGGUAACGGUAACUCUGAGGUGACUAGUGGCCCACCCCCAAAACCAAAAGCCAAAGCCAGGGGAAAGCGAAAGAUCGCAAAGAAAGCGGCGCAAGGUGGGGAGCAAUCGGCAUUAGCCAAGCGCCGCGGCAUCACUGAGCACGAUAAUCAGACAGCAGGCCACGGUCGUAGUGAUGCUGCCUCUAAUAGCACCUCGAUUUUCCUGGCUGCACUUCUGGGUCGCGAGCGAGCUUCGAAGGAUGAUUGCAUGACCGCUUUGAUUCAGUCGUCACCAUGGCAGGGCAGCAGUGAUGUUGAAGAAACGUCAGUUGCAAAAAAGAAGAACAAAGACGAAGCAGGAGACAUCAAAGUAGCCGACGUGGAGAUCACAAAGAGCGGUAAUAUCGACUUCAACGCUGGUGCAACGGCGGAUGACACAGAUGCGGGGAGCAAAACUGCGAUCGCUAGUACGGUGACACCGUCACCAGAAAAACACGGCACUCCUAAUGUGCUGGAGAUACAGCAAGAUCAAAAAGCAAGUGGGGCGAUAUCCUCGUCUUCAGCUGUCAAGAACAGUGUAAAUGAGGCGUCGAAGACCACGCCGCGAAAGCAAUCGGAAGAGACGAAAAGCGGAACCCAGAAAAACGGUGAAGCACACCAAAUCAGUACUCCGGCACCCAAGAAACGGCGAGAUCGACCUCCGAAAGGACAAGCGAACAAUAAAGAUCGCAGCGGUCACGGUGCUACUGCGACCACGUCUGCAUCUGCUACCUCCUUGGAGAAUCAGUCGGAAACUGCAAAGACCCAGGCUCUCGAUCUCGGUAAAACAAAAAAGACUGAAGAAGACUACGAUUCAGCGACCGCCCCAGGACCUACUCCGGUAGCAGCUGCGAAGGAGAACGCCAAGCCGAAAGCUAAGGGGCGCCCUAUGAAAGUUGCGAAGGCCAAAGCGAAGCGCUCGUCGAAGACUUCUUGUGCAAAAAGUGAUGGUAACUCUGGGAGUAACGAUAAACUAGAUAGCAUGGUAGAAGUAGUCGAAGCUAGAGCAGGAUCACGAACAAGAACAGAUGAUGCUAAUGGAGCGAAAACUCCACAUCGAGAAAAUGAAAACCUCCAAAAAGUCCUGGGAAAAGAAAGACAAGAGAAGACAGUACCUCUUACGCUUCCACCAGAAAUGGGAGCUGCGGCAAGUAGAUGUAGUACUAAAAGACUGUCUCGGUCUCCUAGUAAAAGUGAAAUGGACGACGGCGCUGCUGUAAUGGCACCACCACACGGGACUGCGAAUGGCGACGGAGCGGGAGGUGCGGGACUAGGAUCCUACAAUCUGCCAAAGCUUUUCGACGAAGAACCAAAACAGGAUUCCUAUCACUUGCCCUCCGAUUUUGAUUUUGAGAGUGAUGAAGAUCUCGGGCUGCAGCCAAAAAGUAGUACUAAAAAGUCUUCAACUUCUCAUCUUCACGCAACUGGUCCGCGGCCGACAACUAGGACUAAGAACACUUCCAAGAAUUACGGCUAUAAUAGGUAGCUCAUCUCGUCUGAAGAGAGAUUGCAUCCCUCCGCGAUUACAUGUUCUUCCGGUGAUUUCUCUUAAUCAAAUACACCUCUAAAUUCAAUUAAUUUCCAACUCAAAUUAGAAAAACGGAAGACAAGAUGCGCGUGCUUUGAGAUGAGCUAUCGCGCACAACGCUAAGAAAAAAACAAGAAAAAGAUUCAAUCCUCGCGCCUUGACUUUACCGGUGAUUCAUCUUCAUCAAGCAAGCAGAAACAAGGCGUGUCAAGAGUCAUAGGCUCUUCGAAAACGGAGAUCCUCGGAACGUCGUCUUCGUCAAGGAAAGAAGGAGUGACGGCACCACAUCCACCGCCGACAUCAUUGAAGCACGCUGAUAAUGAAGAGGACGUGAAUCCUUAUGCAGACUCCCAAGAUGAUGUAAACCCCUAUGCCACUACCUUUGAAGGUAGCCAUGAUGGUGACGAUACUAGGGGUUUGACGACGACGCGGCUCCGGGGAUUUAUCAAUGCGGCGUAUCUGGAACAAGGCCCUCCAUCCGGUAAUAUGAUAGGUGCGAGGCUUUUUGCAAAUACGACCCCAGAGUCAGAGUGUGGACCAAGAUCUCCACCAGUGCCUAAAGAACAGGCAGAGCAGCAACUUUAUUCGGUGCAGUGCGGCCAACAAGAUCUGCGUCGAAAGCAGCAAGUAAAAACAGUGCCAAGUAAGGCAUCUUGCACCUCUACGUCGAACACGAAUACUGCUGCAGCUCGACGAAGAAUGCCUUUAUGGUCACCAACGAAGGCUAGCCCCGUCACGAAGAAGAUGCGGCCUUCACACAGUCCAUUGCUGCCAUCGUCCUCUAGCAAAAUUUUUGCGAAAGACGGAGCGAGGGAAAAGGUACUUACUUACAUAGAUCAUCCGGAUCCGUAUCCGGUUGAGUUCUUCAUCUAUGAAGUUUAAGUACGCGCCACCGCCUGCUUAUAGAAGAACAAGAAGACUUAGAAUAGACCUAGAAUGAAUUAUACUCCUCCUGGUGCAGCUCCUGACUGAAAUGAAUCGUUUGCAUCUAAUCGUCCGUCACGAAUUCGAUCCAACUCUUCUUCGAACAGGUGCCUGCAACUCCCGUGAGCUUCCGACCGGAAGCGAGGUCGCCGUCUUCUCCGUCUGUGAACGCACUCCUUUCUGUUCCUUCGCACGGUCGUUUGCGUAAAAUGCGCAGGGCUUCUACUGAUAAUAACGGGAAAGACAAUAAGAAAGGUAGUGGAAGCGGGUGGACUAGUUGUACGAGCAGAACACCCGGGCCUCUGUCUUCUAGGGCCAUGUGGGCAGAGAGUGGGAAUUCGCGAGAUUAUAGCGCGAGAAAGGAAAUCGACUUCGAAGAAGAUGACGCUGUAUUAAAGAUAAAGGCUUGAUGUUGUGACUGAUAUCCGAGGUAUUAAGUUGUAUAAGUAACUACUAAGUAAAUUGCUUUUGCUGUUAAUCAUCGAGCUUUUCAUAGUCAUCAACAAAGUGAAAAAUAGUUUUAGUUGUCAUAUUAGUCGAUUAUAUCCUAUUUUGAUGUUCAAUCUUCCGAUUGCAUCCUCCUGCUGUGACAGUGUCAUAAAUCUGAGAUCGAGUAAGUAAAGUAAUGUAAGAGUAAGUAGUACAAGCGAGAACAAAUAGUAAUGGUUCUAGUCCUGCUCGUAUUCUGUGCUUCGUUCUUGGGAAUGGACAUAAUUCAUGGAUAUGCAUUGUAUCCAUCGUAAAGGUGAAAAAUAAAAAAUGCAGUGAUAAUCACUCGUUGGUCAACCUGCGGCAAUCGAUGAAGGUUAGGGUAAGAUACUACAGGGAGAAUCAAUACAGAACUGUGGAAACAUCGAUCCGUUAUUUUCGUUGAGCUCUCUUAAUAAAUUUUUGUUAUGUGAGCCACCGACCCGCACCCAGAAUGAACUACAAUAAAUUAUCACGAAGGAUGACGAUGAUUAGAAGGAUUAUUAUCUAAUCAUGCGCGCAGUCUCUUUUGAUAUGUUACUAGUGACAGCUGUAGCUGUUAGCUGCCUGACGAUCAAAUCUUUCUAAUUUUUUGUAGUAAAUAUAUAUAAGAUAAUUCGCAUCCAAUUCUAAUCUUUCAAUGUAUGGCACGCUAGUAGCGCAUAGAAGUGCGAACAAAUAGCAGAGCUGUUUUUCCAAGAAUCUUGAUUUCUGACUUGUAUUUCUUAGAUGGCCUGGAUGAACUUAAUUGACAAAUUUUGCAAAAGAAUCUAAACCUAAAGGUAAGGUAGGGGCAACAGAAGUAAGGAAUAAGAACAACAACGAUCACAUAAUAUCUGUAAGAAUGCAACAGUGACAGAGUUCUAGUUGUGCUAGUAGCGAAAAAAAGCAACCUCAAUAAUCAAUGAAUACAAACUUGGGGUACAUUCCUCGUCAACAUUUCUGCUACAGAAUUCCUGUCUGCUUCAUCAAGGAGAACAAAAGUAAAAUGAAAAUCGAAUCGCUAUGCAUAGUUUGUAUUGGGCUGCUCAUGAUGGAAUCAAACGGAGUUGAAGUUAAUUAUAUCUUUCGGGAGCGAGUCGCUGUCGUGACCUUGGCGUGCUUUGGGAGUCAGAAAACUCUGCCAGUGUCCUUUGUCCUUUUCAGAUCUUUGUCCUUUUUGACCCAUCCUGAGCAG